UCGGGCGCGCUGCGGCCGGCGGCCGCCAGGGGCCGCCGCGGGCCUGCGGGCACCGGAGCUGCCGGAGGAGCCGGAGCCAGAGCCGGGGCCGUGCGGGGGCGGGCGGGGUGCCCGCAGUGCGCGGCCGCGCCGCUGCCUCCGGCGGGAGCGCCCGGGGCCGGAGCGGCGAGGAGGCUCUGCAUUGACGUCAUGAUGACACGGUGAAGCCGAAGACAGGAUCUGGGAAUGACUCUUCUGCUUCAGUUUUGAUAAUCAAGUGAAUUUGUCGACACUCCAUUCCUCCAGCAUGGCUAAGAGCGCAGAAGUGAAACUGGCGAUCUUUGGUCGAGCUGGCGUGGGCAAGUCAGCUCUUGUUGUACGCUUCCUGACCAAGCGGUUCAUCUGGGAGUAUGACCCAACACUAGAGUCUACAUAUCGUCACCAAGCUACCAUUGAUGAUGAAGUGGUUUCCAUGGAGAUACUAGAUACAGCUGGUCAGGAGGAUGCUAUUCAGAAAGAAGGACAUGUGCGAUGGGGUGAAGGCUUUGUGCUGGUCUAUGACAUCACAGACAGAGGCAGCUUUGAGGAAGUACUGCCACUUAAGAACUUGUUGGAUGAAGUUAAAAAACCCAAAAAUGUCACUCUGAUUCUGGUUGGGAACAAAGCAGACUUGGAUCACUCCAGGCAGGUCAGCACAGAGGAAGGUGAAAAGCUGGCCACAGAACUGGCAUGUGCUUUUUAUGAGUGCUCUGCUUGCACAGGAGAGGGCAACAUUAUGGAAGCCUUCUAUGAGCUCUGUCGUGAGGUACGGCGUCGAAAAAUGGUCCAGGGCAAGACUCGGAGACGAAGCUCUACCACCCACGUCAAGCAGGCUAUUAAUAAGAUGCUUACCAAAAUAAGCAGUUAAAAAGAGCUGUACUAAGCCAGAGAAACAUUGUAGAGCAUAUUAGCUUGGGGUAGGGACAAGGCAGGCAGAGCACAUUUAAUAAAAACAAUGGUCAAAGCUUUGCUGUUAAAAAAAAAAAAAAAAUAGAAAAGUCAAACCACACUACUUUUUGAGUAACAUGGGAUCAGACUUUUUCCUGUUGCAAAAUGUAUUUAGCCACACUGCUUCUGGCUAACAAGGAAAAAAAAGAAGGAAAAAAAAAAAAAAAAAAAAAGAAAUAACUCCAAAGGACUAGAUGAUUGUGGGGAUUGGCACUGACAGAGUAUCUUCUGCUUCUACAAGGCUGCCUCCAAUCUCCUGCAAGUCAGUAGUGCCUAAAUACCAUUCCCAGCCAGCCAACUGCUCAGUAGCCACUUACUUGGAGAGUAAGACUCAGUCUUCAGUCCAGCAACAAGCAUCAGACUUGGUGUUCUCAAGGACUGAGGCUGCUGUGUUGUUCCAGAAAGUUCAUCUGACACCUUUCACCAGCUCCAAAUUGGUGCAUUGUGUGCUUUUACUCCAGACUGUCCUUCCUUGUUUUUAUUUUGUCAAAUCUAUGAGUGCCGAUAUUCUUAGCGAGGUAUGCAAAAAAUACAGGAAAAGUCUUUUUCAAGGAGUGUUUAGGCAGCAAGACGCACAUGUCAACAGAGCUGAAAUUCAGCUGCUUUUUGAGAUCCUCUGCAACUACAGAAUUCAUGAAGAAAUAAUCUGCUAGUCCAGUGUCAUUUCAGCAUUUCCCCUUUGAAAUACAAUACCGUAAUUGGGGAAAUGGGAGUGUACAUCUUGGGAAAUCAAACUAAAAAAAUAACCAUAAUACUAUUGAUUUAGUUAAGGGUAGUUUUUAGCUUUUGUUUACAUUUUUGUUUUGGUCUUAUUUCAAUUCAAGUAGUUUCCCUUAUUCUAUCUUAUAUUGAAGAACUGAAGCCAAAGCAAGUGUUUAAAGUCCAAGCCCAAAUGUAAUCAGAUGUGAAGGGCUUUUACCAUAUCAAAAGUCCAUCAUUUCCAGAUGUUUAAACUUCCAGAUGUUUAAACCAUCACAGUUUUUUGUGACUCUGGCACUUUCAAGUGAAAGUACAUUUUAUCAUAUUUUUGGUGUCUGGGAAAAAAGCAUACUUUUUUUUUUUUUUUUCAUUUUUUCUUCUCCUCCUCCUCCUCCCUCAUGCCUCUCAUUUAAGCCAGCUGUUAUGUUUUGCCUCGUGCCUACUUGUCUUGCCAACUGCAGUAGUGAGGUCUUCUAGAAGAAGCAAGAGGUACAAGAACUAAGACUGGAAGACUUUCAGACUGCUCAUCUCACCAGUUGUGUUGCAUCCCUUUAGGCAGCUUCAUGUGCACCUCAGACUCUAAUCAUGUAGAACCACAGCCAAAGGAUACUAUGACAAAUGAGAAUAUUAACAGUAUUCUCCUUUGAAAAACAGCUCUCUUAUAUUAACUGCUUACAAGUCUAUUCUCCACUGCUUUGCACUUUGUAUGGUUAUUUGCCUCUGUGAGGAAACAAUGCCCAAAGGCUAUCAAAUCCAACUUGCCACAGAUGGAGAAGAGUGAGGAUAUCUGGUAGAAGAGCACUUUAUACAGUUGUAGGUAGCCGUAUAAAUGGUGAAACAGGUUGGAGAAUCAAACCUGUAUAUCCUCAUGAGCAGAGAAAAGUCCCAAGUCAGGACUCAAAGAAUGAGCUUAAACAUACUUACCAAAGUAUUUUUUAAAAAAAACAUUCACCCAUAUCUUUCACCCAACUUUUAUCAACAAAAAUCACAUUCAAAUGUAUGUUAUAUAUUUGCUGUUUAUGUUCUUUGUUUCCCCCAUUGUAGAUAGUGAAAAUUCAUUUCAGUCUUUCAGAAUCACUACCUGUAUUUUGGUCCUCAUUUUCAGGUAUGUUGCCAUACAUCAGCUACACACACUGCAAUGGAAAUGUCACUUUGUGCUUCUGGGCAGGAGGUUCUGUCAACAGAUGAUGUCACUGUCUCCAUGACACAACUGUUUCCAAACUAUUGGUUAUGUCUCUAACUUCUGAGAGAGAGAGGUUUAGCCAUUUUAGUCCUGUUAGUAAUGCAUAAUCAAUAUGAGUGUAACAGAAAAAGUUAGUGCCUAUUCCCACACCAGUGGUCAUUAGCUGAAGGUCUGAACUUGAAAAUGUGUACGUUACAUUAGGAGAAAGAGUGAGCAAUUGCAAGUUGAGGCACUAAGUCAUUCUGUUAUCUUUCAAAUCAGUGUUCUUGCACGAAUCUGAAGCAAA